AUGGUUACAAUUACCGAUGCACAUGAAGACUUGAUACACGAUGCUGUGCUAGAUUACUAUGGGAAAAAGCUAGCCACUUCUUCCUCCGACAAGACGAUAAAGAUCUUCGAGAUCGAAGGCACCGACAACUACAAGUUGGUCGAAACUUUGAUUGGACACGAUGGUCCCGUUUGGCAAGUGGCCUGGGCACACCCUAAGUUUGGUUCUAUUUUGGCUUCCUGCUCGUAUGAUGGCAGGGCCAUCAUUUGGAAAGAACAGCCUGAAACCCAGCAAUGGUCCAUAAUCGCUGAACACUCCAUACAUCAGGCCAGUGUCAACUCGGUCCUGUGGGCACCACAUGAAUUGGGUGCUGUUUUACUAUGCACUUCCUCUGAUGGUAAAGUAUCUGUUGUUGACUUCAAUGAGGACGGGACUACAUCUCAUGUGGUGUUCGAUGCACAUGCCAUUGGUGUCAAUUCCGCGUCCUGGGCGCCUGUGACGGGAGGAAAAGACCACGGCCCUAAUCAAACAACUCAGCCACAACGGAGGUUUGUCACGUGUGGCUCAGAUAGCUUGGCCAAGAUCUGGAGGUUUGACACCGCCACCGGACACUACGUGGAGGAGGCGAAAUUGGAUGGCCAUACUGACUGGGUCCGUGAUGUCUCGUGGUCUCCUUCAGUCUUAGUACGCUCGUACAUUGCCACGGCUUCUCAAGACCGCACUGUGCUCAUUUGGUCACAGGAUAGUAACGGAGUGUGGCAGAAGCAGCCAUUGACUGAAGAGAAGUUCCCAGAUGUGUGUUGGAGAGCGUCGUGGUCCUUAUCGGGAAACAUAUUGGCGGUUUCGGGCGGUGACAAUAAGGUCAGCUUGUGGAAAGAAAACUUGCAAGGGAAGUGGGAAUCAGCUGGAGAGGUCGAACAGUAA